UGGGCAGGGUGCUGGCGGGGAGACGCGGAUUGUAGCGGCCGGUUGCGGGGAGGGAGGCUGCCAGCGGGACCCGGAGCAGCCCAGCACCAUGGGGAUGUUCGGCACGAGCCGCCUCUUGCUCGGAGCUGUGAGCUGCACAUUCUUUCUGGCAGCUAACAGCCUAUAUUCAUCCAGUGAUGAUGUGAUAGAGCUAACACCAACAAACUUCAACAAGGAAGUCAUUCAGAGUGACAGUUUAUGGCUGGUAGAAUUCUACGCACCAUGGUGUGGUCACUGUCAAAGACUAACUCCUGAAUGGAAGAAAGCAGCGACAGCAUUAAAAGGUGUUGUGAAAGUCGGUGCGGUUGAUGCAGAUAAGCAUCAGUCCCUAGGUGGUCAGUAUGGUGUUCGAGGAUUUCCAACUAUCAAGCUAUUUGGAUCCAACAAGAACAAAGCAGAAGAUUACCAGGGUGGCAGAACAAGUGACGCAAUUGUUGAUGCUGCUUUAAGUGCUCUUCGAUCACUGGUAAAGGAUCGUCUUAGUGGCAGAAGUGGAGGAUAUAGUUCUGGAAAGCAGAGUAGCCAAGAAAGUGGAGGCGGGGAUAAGAAGGAUGUGAUUGAACUGACUGACGACAGCUUUGAUAAGAAUGUUGUGAAUAGUGAUGACGUUUGGCUGGUAGAGUUUUAUGCCCCAUGGUGUGGACACUGCAAAAAUCUGGAGCCAGAAUGGGCAGCUGCUGCUACAGAAGUGAAAGAACAAACCAAAGGAAAAGUAAAACUGGCGGCUGUAGAUGCUACAGUGAAUCAGAUGUUAGCCAGCCGGUAUGGGAUCCGUGGAUUUCCCACAAUCAAGAUCUUUCAGAAAGGAGAAGACCCUGUUGAUUAUGAUGGUGGAAGAACAAGAUCUGAUAUAGUUGCUCGAGCUCUGGAUCUUUUUUCUGAAAGUGCCCCACCACCUGAGCUUCUAGAGAUUAUUGAUGAAAAUGUUGUGAAGAGUACCUGUGAUGCCCACCAGCUCUGUGUCAUUGCUGUGUUGCCCCAUAUUCUUGAUACAGGAGCUGCAGGUAGAAAUUCCUACUUGGAAGUCAUGUUAAAAAUGGCAGACAAAUACAAAAAGAAAAUGUGGGGGUGGCUGUGGACAGAGGCUGGAGCUCAGUCUGAGCUUGAAAACUCAUUGGGAAUUGGAGGAUUUGGGUACCCAGCUAUGGCAGCAGUUAAUGCACGGAAGAUGAAAUUUGCCCUCCUGAAAGGAUCUUUCAGUGAACAAGGGAUUAAUGAGUUUCUCAGGGAGCUCUCCUUUGGUCGUGGAUCUACUGCACCAGUAGGUGGUGGGGGUUUCCCUAAAAUUAACACAGUCGAGCCGUGGGAUGGCAAAGAUGGUGAGCUUCCAGUUGAAGAUGACAUUGAUCUCAGUGAUGUGGAUCUUGAAGACUGGGAUAAAGACGAAUUGUGAGAUCUUCAGGAAGUUUCUUUUCUUGGGAGGGUUUGGAACAUUGUUCACAAUCAAAUGGAUAUUCCAGUGGCCUUUUUACAGAGAAGUAGCACUGGGCCAGCUCUCUGCACCACUGCGACAGUGAACUGUAUGCCUCUCAAGAAAACAUUGCAAAAAUUCUAUGAAUUGUUGUAACCAGUAAAUUUGAUUGUAUUCUGUGUAACAAAUAUUUUGAGGACAACACUGAUCUUUGAUUACAACAUCUUGGUUUUUAUUUUGUCCAUAGAGUGUGUGCUCUUUGAAUGUUUCUGGGGGAUGUUACUGUAACCAGUUUUAAAUGUAAUUUUUUUUUCAUUCAGAUGGAACUUGACCAGCUUCUGUUUCAAUUAAAGAAUAAAACAAGAUAUUUUUGACAUAGA